AUGGCGCCUCCGACUCAUUUCACGCUAAAUACGGGCGCUAAAAUUCCCGUCGUUGGUCUCGGGACAUGGCAAUCUAAGCCCGGUGAGGUCCGAAAUGCGGUGGCAUUUGCUCUCAAGGAUGGAUACCGUCACAUCGACGCGGCACUGGUCUAUGGCAAUGAGCACGAAGUUGGUCAGGGCAUCAAGGACAGCGGGGUGCCUCGUGGAGAAAUCUUCCUCACCAGUAAGGUCUGGAACACUCAUCAACCAAACGUUAAGGAAGCCCUGCAGAAGUCUCUCGACGCUCUAGAUGUCGACUAUCUUGAUCUUUAUCUUGUCCACUGGCCUGUUCGAUUGGUCCCGAACGGGACGAGCGAGCUUUUCCCGGUAAAUCCCGAUGGCACCCGAGCAGUAGAUCGAUCGUGGGAUCAGAGCGAAACCUGGCGCCAGAUGGAAGAGAUCUACAAGUCUGGCAAAGUCAAGGCCAUCGGUGUGGCCAACUUUUCGAUCCCAUAUCUGGAGGAACUUCGCAAGAAAUGGACAAUAGUUCCGGCCGUGAACCAAGUCGAGCUGCACCCUUUCCUUCCUCAGCAUGAACUCCGAGAAUACUGCAAAGAGCUCGGCAUUCUUCUGGAAGCAUAUUCUCCUCUUGGCUCCACUGGUGCACCUCUCAUGACGGGUCCUGAUAUACAACAGAUUGCCAAAAAGAACGGUGUCUCGGGUGUCACGAUCCUCAUCAGCUAUCAUGUCAACAAGGGUGUCGUGGUGCUACCCAAGUCUGUGACUGAGAAGCGGAUCUCUGCAAACAAAGAGGUCAUUGAAAUCCCUAAAGAGGAUCUAGCAGUGCUCGACAGUUUGGCUGCCAAUGGCAAGGCGAAGCGUCUUAACACGCCUCUGUGGGGCUUUGAUCUCGGAUUCGCUGAUUGGUAUGGCCCUGUGAAGUCGCAGUAA